AUGGUGCCCUCACGUCAUAAUGGUGCCCCUCACCAUGACCUUCACCCUGCAGCAGACAGUGGAGGAUCAGCAGCAGACAGUGGAGGAUCAGCAGCAGACAGUGGAGGAUCAGCAGCAGACAGUGGAGGAUCAGCAGCAGUGGAGGAUCAGCAGCAGACAGUGGAGGAUCAGCAGCAGACAGUGGAGGAUCAGCAGCAGACAGUGGAGGAUCAGCAGCAGACAGUGGAGGAUCAGCAGCAGACAGUGGAGGAUCAGCAGCAGACAGUGGAGGAUCAGCAGCAGACAGUGGAGGAUCAGCAGCAGACAGUGGAGGAUCAGCAGCAGACAGUGCUUGAAGAAGUCUUCAGCCCAGACUACAACAUCACACAGCAAGGUGGUCGGUAUUCAGCCGUCGACAGAACCACAUUUGGUGCCAUUAGCCAGAGCCGCUCUUAUACACCCUCUACCACCUGCCUGGGUACCUGUGGAGGACAGCCAGUUGGGUAUAUAUUACUACAACAGGGACACAGGCAUCAGCAGCUGGACACCAUUGAUGAUGUUGUCCGUGUCUUAGUGUCCAGAACUACCACUAACCAAGAAGAUUACAACACACAAGAUAAAGUCCAUCUCUCUGACCUGCUCUACACCCUGGUGAGUGAUCCUUCCCAGAGGACAGAUAAAUGUGUCAGAGCAAUUAAUGAUAAUAUAUCAAGAGUAUUACAACCUCUGUCUGUUGUUAGUGAUGGUGGUGAACAGGGUGUGGUGACAGGGACAAAGUGUGGUGAUGAUGUUGAACAGGGUGUGGUGACAGGGACAAAGUGUGGUGAUGAUGGUGAACAAGGUGUGGUGACAAAUGAUGCAAAUAACACGACAGUUGGAACAAGUAAUGUGACAUGUGAAGCAAAUAAUGUGACAGGUGAAGCAAAUAACGUGACAUGUGAAACAAAUAAUGUGACAGGUGAAGCAAAUAAUGUGACAUGUGAAGCAAAUAAUGUGACAUGUGAAGCAAAUAAUGCAACAUGUGAAGCAAAUGAUAAGGACAGACACAAACAUAUAGAGAUAAGUGGUGAGAGAGGUGAAGGUGACGACCAUAGUUACGUCCGCCACAGCCUUCCUCCUGCCCCCCAAGACAGCCACACCAUGCUUGGUGGUGUAGGGCGACCAUCUCUUGGACCCCCGCCAUUAGGGGCCCCCUCGCCACUAGGGCCCCCUUCAUUACUAGGGGGAGGUCCUUCACCCCUAGGGAGGCCAGCCCUGGGAGGGGGUCGAGUCCCACCCUUAGGAGGGCAACUGACACCUCUAGUGCCCAUCGCUGCUGCUAACAGAGGCAGCCCCUCCCACCUGAAGCCGCUGAGACAGUCUGUUGCAGCCAACAGAGAAGGUGAAGGUAACAGGAGACACAAGGUGGACCAGCCAUCAAGUGUCACCUCUGAUUGUCCAGCCUCACCUCCCAAGUCCAUUCUCAAAGAACCCGUGUUGGCCCGUACUGGUCCACGCCGGGCCACACCCCCAGGUGUUGAUAGACUGUUACUCACACAGUCUAGAGAAACGAAGAAUAUCCGCUUUGACUUCAAGACUGAUGAACUGGAGUUCCAUUCAUCCGAGGAAGAAUUUGAUGAGGAAGAGGAGUUUGAGGAGGAAGAGGAGGAGGAGGAAGAGGAAGAAGGAGAAGAUGAAUAUGAAUAUGAAGAAGAGGAAGAAUUUGACAGUGAGGCAGAUGACCCAGAAGAAGAGGCCAUCCUGAGAGCCCGGGGUGUUAUUGAUGAUGACAGUGAAGAGUGUGGCUUCAUGCUGAAUGAUGCCGCUGACCUACUGCAACUCACCUCUCAGCCUCCCUCACAUAAACUCAACCCUCUGCCUCACGGCCCUGACCCCUGGGUCGGUGCGAACACAGUCAAAUCUUCUGCCAGAGUAGUUCAGGAUAGUCGUGAUCCUCUCAAAGACUUUAGGAAGCAGAAAGAGGAGACUAAAGGAGGUGCAGCAGUAAAGCAACAAGAUGCCAGUAAGGGGACGACGCUACAUGCCGCUCAAGUUCCUCAGAGCAGACCUAAGUCAGCUGCGACUCAGGUGUCUGGAGGCAUUAAGCCAAAUACUCAGGAAUCUCAAACAGGAAAUCUCAAACUGGCAACUCCUCACACCAGCUCAACUCCGUCCACAGCAGCCACAAAAGAGACCAAGAUAGAUAAGGUUGUUGAGGGAGGUAAACCUUCUUCAACCCUGCCAACGAAAACUGAAGAGUCUCAGAGACAGGAAGCUCGACCACACGAGCAGCGCAAACUGGAGCUGGAAGGAGGAGCCAGGAACAGAAAGACUAACCCAAUGGAUCGUGUUGUUGCUAAACUUAGCGGAAGAAACGACAACAGAGAUGAUAGUCAUGACACUGUCAGUACUGACAGAGGAAGACCCGAGGCAUCAACACCUUCAGGCAGUACUGACAGAGGAAGACCCAAGGCAUCAGCACCUUCAGGCAGUACUGACAGAGGAAGACCCGAGGCAUCAGCACCUUCAGGCAGUACUGACAGAAGAAGACCCGAGGCAUCAGCACCUUCAGGCAGUACUGACAGAGGAAGACCCGAGGUGUCAGCACCUUCAGGCAGUACUGACAGAGGAAGACCCGAGGCAUCAGCACCUUCAGGCAGUACUGACAGAGGAAGACCCGAGGCAUCGGCACCUUCAGGCAGUACUGACAGAGGAAGACCCGAGGCAUCGGCGCCUUCAGGGAUGGUGAAGAAUGUCACAGUUAACUUGACAAAGCUCUUGGUGAAUGAUGCAGAAAGUGAAGAAGAAUAUAGUGUAAAUGAUGGAAAUUGUUCACAUCAAGAGUCAAGAGUGCAUCAAGACAAUACCAUGACUGUAGCCAAGGUAUUAGAGGUUGAAGAGAAGAAGAUGCUAGACGUGUUAGCAGUGGAGGUGGCAGCCCUCCGAGGGAAGCUUAGUAAGGAGUCUCAGGCCACGCAGGAAAAGAUCAAGACUGAACACAAAAAUUUUAUUCAAAAAUUUCAUGAAGAAGAAAAAAAGAAAAUGGUUGAGAACAAGAGACGGAUUCAGUUACAACUUGAAGAAGAGAACAAGAAGAACAUUGAGGUCUUGAGGAACAGUUUACUGAAGGAGAACACAGAGAAGAAGAACAAACUGACGAAAGAACUUGAGGAGAAGAACAAUGAACAGUUUGAGGAGAUGAAAUUGCUAUUUGUUCAAGAUCUACAGCAAGUUAAGAACACAUUACAAAAAGAUCAUGAGGAGGAGAUGAAAGAAUUAGAGGAAGAACUACGACAGCUGUAUGACCAGGAACAGAGAACUACUGAGGACAAGAUAAAUACAACAAGAUCAACACUUCUUUCCAGAAGGAAUGAUGUAUCUGCUGCAACAUCAGAGUUGGAACACAGUUUAGCAGAAGUGUUGAGAGUGAAGGAACUUGAUAUUAAAAGUCAACACACCAAACAACUCAACAUCCUCGAGGCCAAGUUAGAUGAGGAACUUGAGAUGGCAGCGAGGCGCGCCGAGGAGAAGGAAACAUUGGAGAAGAAGAACCACAGUGUGAGGCUCGCUAAGAUGAAACAACAACACGAACAAGAGCUCCAACAUGUGCAAGAGUUAUGUAAACUCAUGAGGAAGGAGGUAGAAGACCAACAUGAGCUUGAUCUGACCAAACUCAAGUCUGACUUUAAGGCUGAACUAACACUUCAAAAGACUGAACUUGAGAACAAACUUACGGAAUUUAAAAUUGAAUACGAAGAGCGAAUGAACAGCCUAGAACACGAAGUCGAUGAUAAUGAGGAGGAAAGGGAAGGGAGAGAAUCGGGAAAAACGGAAGGGAGAUGUGAUGAUGUACGAGAGAACGGGACGAACCGCGAUGAAAGCGUAAGAAGCGAUAACAGGAGAAUAAGUGAAGAAGAGAGAAAAAACCACCAGAUUUUGAGAGAGAAAAGAGAAAGACGGAGAAUCCUGGAGAGAGAACUCGAUGAACUGAAGGCAGAGGAAAAUAAAAUAAUAGAAUUGAAUAAUCAGAAGUUGGCGUCAAGUGGUUCACAUUGCUGCAGCGGGAGUGUUUGUGUCCACGAGUCAAAAUACAAUAAAAUUAAACACAAAUACACUAAUCUUGUCAGCCGCAUCAAAUCGGAAAAAGCCAAAAAGUUAUCGAGAAAAUUACCAACAACUCCUGAAACUGUCGUACAGAACGCUCCAUCAUUGUCGAGUGAUAGAAGUAGUACAGAAAGUAACGCCAAUGUGACGGACAGCUGCCAGCCAUCAAAUGACAUAACCUCGAGUGCCACGUCUAGUCCUCCAAAUAUCAGAAGUGAAGCCAGUGACGACGAAGAAAUGAAACUUGCUUCUCAAGUUUUAGCAAAAUAUAAUAAUUUACCAGAAUAUAAUAACAGUAAACGUAUAUCAUUAACUGCCCUCGAUAGCCACUCACCUCAUAAUAAUCUCACCAGCACACCCAGGGAGGCGUGGUUGGAGGAUGACCUUCUGCUACAUGGUCGAAGAGUUCUGAGGAAAACAGAAAAAUUCCUCAAAUCAAAUCGUUUGAAAAAUCCACGCAAAGUAUUGAAGGCAACAGCUGAGGACAUGCGUAGGGAAAUACUACGACAGAACACUGACUUCGAGGCAACUCCAAGACCCAAGGUACCUUUGCGGCGCCUUCACCCGGAUCACAGCGGGUCCCUAACAUCUGACACAGAAUCUGACGAACACACUCAUAACGCACCCUCCCUGGACUCCACCUUCGGCCUUGAUCAAAUGUUAGGUCAGUGAAGAUAGUGAAUAUGACCUCAGGUAGUCAAUGAGCUAAUGAGUACACCUGUUUAAUGCAUAACAUCAUCUUUAACCCCUUGAGUAUGAUGUUGACCCCUUGAGUAUGAUAAUUUAACCCCUUGAGU